AAGAAAAAAAUCUAAAAGCAAAGAUUGCAUUUUUUUUUCUUGAACAGUCUGGAAAUCUUGAUAUAUUUAGAAUUGCAAAUAGGAUGACUUUUGUUGUUAUUCGUUAACUCAGUCACAAAUUGCAAAGGGGAUCAGAAAACCAGAAAUCAGCCAUGUUUCUUGGUGGAUGACGGGUGCCAAGAGAGGAAACAAUGGGACGGUGGCUAUCCUUAAAAAGGAAACACAAGACAUAGGCCUAUCUGCCUCACAACAGCAGUGAGACACGUGUGUUCUCAUUCUGCUUAUAGAUGAGAAACUUAUGACUCAGAAAAUUUAGUAACUCAAUCAAAGUUACAAGGCAACAGAAGCAGAGCCAGGCCUCAACCCCAAGUCUUCUGAUGCCAAAGCCAAUGUUCUUCUACACCACAGCUGCCUUCUGGAACCUGAUCUCUGGAACAAGAAUUGGGAACAACGACAACAUUCUGAGCUUCCCAGAAGUGCAAAUCCAAGUGGAGGAAAAAGAUGGUGAUACUGAGGAAAGUUCAAGCGAAGAGGAAGAGGAGGAAAACAAACUACCUCGAAGAGAAAGCAUGAGACCAAAGAGAAAGCGGACCAGAGAUGUUAUCAAUGAGGAUGACCCAGAACCUGAGCCAGAGGAUGAAGAAACAAGGAAGGCCAGAGAAAAAGAGAGAAGGAGGAGGCUGAAGAGAGGAGCGGAAGAAGAAGAAGAAAUUGAUGAAGAGGAAUUGGAAAGAUUGAAGGCAGAGUUAGAUGAGAAAAGACAAAUGAUUGCUACUGUCAAAUGUAAGCCUUGGAAAAUGGAGAAGAAAAUUGAAGUUCUUAGGGAAGCAAAAAAAUUUGUGAGUGAAAAUGAAGGGGCUCUUGGGAAAGGGAAAGGAAAACGAUGGUUUGCAUUUAAGAUGAUGAUGGCCAAGAAAUGGGCAAAAUUUCUCCGUGAUUUUGAGAACUUCAAAGCUGCUUGUGUCCCAUGGGAAAAUAAAAUCAAGGCAAUUGAAAUCGAUGAGCACUGGACAGAUCACUUCCCUUUUCCCUGGGGUCAGUUUGGCUCAUCAGUGGCCUCCUACUUCCUCUUUUUGAGGUGGAUGUAUGGAGUAAAUAUGGUUCUCUUUAUCCUGACAUUCAGCCUUAUCAUGUUGCCAGAGUACCUCUGGGGUUUGCCAUACGGCAGUUUACCUAGGAAAACAGUUCCCAGAGCAGAAGAGGCAUCGGCAGCCAACUUUGGUGUGUUGUAUGACUUCAAUGGCUUGGCUCAAUAUUCCGUCCUCUUUUAUGGCUAUUACAACAAUAAACGAACAAUUGGAUGGAUGAAUUUCAGACUGCCACUCUCCUAUUUCCUGGUGGGGAUCAUGUGCAUUGGAUACAGCUUUCUGGUUGUCCUUAGAGCGAUGACCAAAAAUAUUGGUGAUGAUGGAGGUGGUGAUGACAACACUUUCAACUUCAGCUGGAAGGUGUUCACCAGCUGGGACUACUUGAUUGGCAAUCCUGAAACAGCAGACAACAAAUUCAACUCUAUUGCAAUGAACAUUAGGGAAGCCAUAAUAGAAGAGCGAGCAGCCCAAGUAGAAGAAAACAUCCACUUGAUCAGAUUCCUGAGGUUUCUUGCUAACUUCUUCGUGUUUCUAACACUUGGCGGGAGUGGAUACCUCAUCUUUUGGGCUGUGAAGCGAUCCCAGGAAUUUGCGCAGCAAGAUCCUGACACCCUUGGGUGGUGGGAAAAAAAUGAAAUGAACAUGGUCAUGUCCCUCCUGGGGAUGUUCUGUCCAACGUUGUUUGACUUAUUUGCUGAAUUGGAGGACUACCAUCCCCUCAUUGCUCUGAAAUGGCUGUUGGGGCGCAUUUUUGCUCUUCUUUUAGGCAACUUGUAUGUAUUUAUUCUUGCCUUGAUGGAUGAGAUUAACAACAAGAUUGAAGAGGAGAAGCUAGUAAAGGCCAACAUUACCCUUUGGGAAGCCAACAUGAUCAAGGCUUACAAUGCGUCACUCAGUGGAAAUAGCACUGGGCCCCCCUAUUUUGUGCACCCUGCAGAUGUACCUCGGGGACCCUGCUGGGAAACAAUGGUGGGACAGGAAUUUGUGCGGCUGACUGUUUCUGAUGUUCUGACCACCUAUGUCACAAUUCUCAUCGGGGACUUUCUCCGGGCAUGUUUUGUGAGGUUUUGCAAUUACUGCUGGUGCUGGGAUUUGGAAUACGGAUAUCCUUCAUACACUGAAUUUGACAUCAGUGGCAAUGUCCUCGCUCUGAUCUUCAAUCAAGGCAUGAUCUGGAUGGGCUCCUUCUUCGCUCCCAGCCUCCCAGGCAUCAACAUCCUUCGGCUCCACACAUCCAUGUACUUCCAGUGCUGGGCUGUGAUGUGCUGCAACGUUCCUGAGGCCAGGGUCUUCAAAGCUUCCAGAUCAAAUAACUUCUACCUGGGAAUGCUCUUGCUCAUCCUCUUCCUGUCCACCAUGCCCGUCCUGUACAUGAUCGUAUCCCUCCCACCAUCUUUUGAUUGUGGCCCCUUCAGUGGCAAAAAUAGGAUGUUUGAAGUCAUUGGAGAAACACUGGAGCAAGAUUUCCCAAGCUGGAUGGCAAAGAUCUUGAGACAGCUGUCUAAUCCUGGGCUGGUUAUCGCUGUUGUUUUGGUUAUGGCUUUGACCAUCUAUUAUCUCAAUGCUACUGCAAAGGGUCAGAAGGCAGCAAAUCUGGAUCUAAAAAAGAAAAUGAAACAGCAAGCUUUGGAGAACAAACUGCGAAACAAGAAAAUGGCAGCUGCGCGAGCAGCUGCAGCUGCUGGUGGCCACUAAUUCUCAUAGAUUUUCCGGAAGCCCAGAAGUACUCCUCACCUUGCUGUUCAAAAGCAGUGACUUAUGCGGAGUCCCUGAGAACAAACGUGUGGAGUUGCCGUUUCCCUGCUCUAAA